AUGACCUCCGACGGUGGGAUUCAGAUACCGAGCCGCCUGCCGCUGCUGCUGACCCACGAAGGGGUGCUGCUGCCGGGCUCCACCGUCCGGCUCAGCGUGGACUCUCCGCGGAACAUGCACCUGGUCAGCCAGCGGCUGCUGAGGGGGACUUCGCUGAAAAGCACAAUCAUAGGAGUGAUUCCCAACACCAGAGACCCAGAGCACGACACCGACGACCUCCCCACGUUGCAUAAAAUUGGUACAGCAGGGAUAGCAGUGCAGGUGGUGGGCAGUAACUGGCCAAAGCCCCACUACACCCUCCUCAUCACCGGAUUGUGCCGCUUUAGUGUGUCAAGCCUGCUGAAGGAGCGGCCAUUCGUCCUGGCCGAGGUGGAGCAGCUGGAUAAACUGGAUCAGUACACGACCCCAGCCACAGAGGGUGUCACAGCAGAAGAUGGAGAGCUGGGGGAGCUAUCCCAGAAGUUCUACCAGGCUGCUGUACAGUUGUUAGGUAUGUUGGACAUGUCGGUUCCAGUCGUGGCUAAGUUCAGGCGUCUUUUGGACAGUCUGCCCAGGGAAACUCUACCUGACGUGGUGGCCUCCAUGAUCCGCACCUCAAACAAGGAGAAGCUACAGGUCCUGGAUGCGGUGAGCUUGGAGGAGCGAUUUAAGAAGGCUUUGCCUAUGUUGACCAAGCAGAUAGAGGGGCUAAAACUGCUGCAGAAGACCAGAAAAAUAAGUCCUGACAAUGAGAAGAGGGUGUUAUCGGUGCGUAAAGGUGGAGUGUUCCCUGGUCGGCAGUUCAACCUGGACGGGGAAGAUGAAGAUGAGGAUGGUGAUGACACUGCAGUCUUGGAGAGGAAGGUCCACGGGGCCAACAUGCCUGAAGCUGCGCUCAGAGUUUGCCUCAAAGAGCUUAAGAGAUUGAAGAAGAUGCCUCAGUCCAUGCCCGAGUACGCCCUGACCAGAAACUACUUGGAUCUAAUGGUAGAAUUACCAUGGAGCAAAAGCACCAAGGACUGUCUGGACAUCCGAGCCGCUCGUACUUUAUUGGACAACGAUCACUACGCCAUGGACAAGCUGAAGAGACGCGUGCUGGAGUACCUGGCUGUUAGACAGCUGAAGACUACACUGAAGGGCCCCAUCCUCUGCUUUGUGGGACCCCCAGGAGUUGGUAAGACCAGUGUGGGACGCUCCAUAGCCAGGACUCUGGGCAGAGAGUUUCACCGCAUUGCUUUGGGAGGCGUCUGUGACCAGUCUGACAUCCGAGGACACAGACGUACGUAUGUCGGGAGCAUGCCCGGCCGCAUUAUCAACGGUUUGAAGACCGUAGGCGUCAAUAAUCCUGUGUUCCUCCUGGACGAGGUGGACAAACUUGGGAAGAGCCUUCAAGGAGACCCUGCGGCUGCACUGUUAGAGGUCCUGGACCCGGAGCAGAACCACAGCUUCACAGACCAUUACCUCAACGUGGCCUUUGACCUCUCCCAAGUGCUGUUUAUUGCCACUGCAAACACCACAGCGACCAUUCCCCUGGCCCUGCUGGACCGGAUGGAGGUGCUGCAGGUACCAGGCUACACGCAGGAGGAGAAAGUGGAGAUAGCUCACCGUCACCUCAUCCCAAACCAACUUGAGCAGCAUGGAUUAACACCACAACAGCUGCAUAUACCGCAGGACACCACGCAGGAUAUUAUCAGCAGGUACACUCGUGAGGCAGGCGUGCGCUCCCUGGAGAGGAAGAUUGGGGCCAUCUGUCGAGCCGUGGCUGUGAAGGUCGCUGAAGGUCACAGAGUCACUAAGACGGAGGCUUUGACCCCCGAGUCCCAAACCCAGCAGGGAGACAAGGUGGCGCCUCCAGAGAUGCCCAUAGUGAUCGACCACAUCGCCCUGAAAGACAUCCUGGGACCUCCGCUGUUUGAAAUGGAGGUGUCUGAGCGGCUCACCCUGCCCGGUGUAGCUCUGGGCCUGGCCUGGACUCCCCUUGGAGGGGAAAUCAUGUUUGUGGAGGCCAGUCGAAUGGAGGGAGAUGGUCAGCUCACUUUGACCGGUCAGCUGGGAGACGUUAUGAAAGAAUCCGCCCAUCUGGCUAUCAGCUGGCUCCGAACGAACGCCAAAACCUACCAGCUCACCAACAUGGUGGGGGGUCCAGAUCCGCUAGAAGGGGCAGACAUCCACCUCCACUUCCCCGCUGGAGCUGUCACCAAGGAUGGCCCCUCUGCAGGUGUUACCAUAGUAACCUGCCUAGCCUCGCUGUUCAGCGGCCGGUUGGUCAGAUCAGAUGUUGCCAUGACAGGAGAGAUCACACUGAGGGGGCUGGUGCUGCCGGUGGGCGGGAUCAAGGACAAGGUCCUGGCGGCCCACAGGGCAGGAGUGAAGUGCGUCAUCCUCCCCAAACGCAACGAGAAGGACCUUGAGGAGCUUCCGGCUAACGUCCGAGCCGACCUUGACUUUGUCGCCGCCGGAAACCUGGACGAGGUGCUGAACACCGCCUUUGAUGGAGGGUUUCCAGGGACAGCCAGUACCCACACACACCCUCAGCUGACCAGCAAACUGUAACACACAGAUGAAAAUACACACACACUGACAAUGUGACGUGAAGAAGGCGUUCCUGUUAUUCAGCUGGUCCAUCAGAGUGCGUGCUCUGCUCUAAUGGUGAUACGUUAUGUUAUUAAUCUUUAACCCAGUGAAAGGUUCUUUGCUGUUGAUAUUUUAAUUUUUAAGGAUUUAAAGGAUUAUUUUCCUACUGAAGAGAUCAUUUAAGGUUUAUUAAGCUACAAUUCAGUUUACACAAAACAACUCCCUUUAUGUGACGUUCUACUGGUAUGAUCAGAUAUUGGCGAGGGCUGGAUAUCGGUCAAAAAUGUUCAAUGCUGAUUCCCUGAUUUCGAUACCGGGUCCUCAAACAAUCUUUUUUUCGAUACCAAUUCUCUAAAAUCCAUUCUAACAAAAAGAAAAUUACAUUACGGUACUUUUUGGGGUUCACUCAGUUGUUCUAGGUUGACAAGAUUGGACUACAUUGACUUAUAAAUGCAGCAGCACAUGGGUGAGCACCUGUUGCCCUCACUGAUUUAGUUUGUCACAGUUUGAGUUCAGUGCAGUCUGCCGAGAUUGUUUGUGUGUGUGGUGAUGGUCUGGAUACCUGCAGCCUGUUGGAAUGAUUGUGUUUAUAAUCCAGUGUGGCCCAACAUCCGUUAUUUGUUGGAUGUUUUUUUCUAUUUUGGGAUGAAUUAGCUGUGCACAUUGUAUAACAACAAAGGACUACAGUUAGUAUCAGAUUUCAUAUUUAACUUCAACUUUUCUGGCAAAAUUAAUUAAACUCAUUAAAUGUCAUAUGAAUCAUAUAGAGAAAGUGACAUAAUGGUUGUGGAGACUAGUCAUAAAUAUAACUGUAUACAUCAAUAAAUAAUAUUGCUACUUAAAAUAAAGUGUAAAAACUGAUAUGAAGGUUAGAUUUCCUGUUUUUCGUUCCUGUUCUUCGGUUUUGGCACAUAUUUAAUCAUUUAUUUAUUCCUUUAUUUUCCCCCCCACAGCAUUUCCCCCAGACUUAUUUCCAAGAAACGUGCACUUGAAGAAAAAAAUGAUGUUAGAAAUAGAAACAUGGUGUCUGUGAACUUCUGCGUAAAGGAUAACGAUAAUGCGCUCGUAUUACUUCUCACUGUCUAUUCCAAUUAUUUAAAUGUACUACAAGCAGUUUAUAAAUGGUUAUGAAGUAUCCAUUUAAUACUGAUGCUUCUAUAUGACCUAUUUAAACUAACAAGACCAUCAGCAACAUGUUUCUAUAUAGUUGGAUUCCUCUUGAAUUAAUAAAACAAGAUUUUGUCCACGGGGGCCGCCAGAAUCAGCAAAAAAGUUAUUUUUUUGAAAGGAACUUUAACAAUUUAACUUUAUUUUAGAGUUCUUUAUUGGAGCUUUAUGAUAUCUAACAGCACUGUGUUCAUACAGUAUUCCCCACAGAUUAGAAGCACUAGUGGUGUGUACCCACAAUGCUGUACUUCGGCUGAGGUGGUGACUAAAGAACAGGUUGAAAUGACUCUAAUUAAUGUGAAAAUGGGUGGGGUAUAAAAACGGUUGCACUAAUCACUUUUAAAUAUAACACAACUCGAAUUUCAUACUAACUCAAGAUGAACUUGUGUCUUUUAAUAACUGUAAAAAUUGAGAGUUGAAUUAAAGAUGCUUGAAAUCUUGA